AGUUGAUCGACUGGAAGGGAUUAAAGUCAUUCGAAACUUUUAGCAUAAAUAGUGUAAACUCAACGGUCACAGUCACCAGUCAUUCGUGAUCGUUCGAUUGUAAAUUAUUUAUUUAUUUAACUCAAAACCACACAAAAAAUCAUUAAAAUGGCCGCUAAGUUGAUCAUCUUCGCCGCAUGCGUGGUUUCCGCCAUCGCCCAAUACCCCGCACCGGCCUACAAGCCCGCUUACCCAGCAGCCGCUUACCCAGCACCAGCAUACGCCGCACCCGCAUACGCCGCACCGAAAGCCUACGCUCCGGAACCCGCCUACCCACCCAAGCCAUACAACUUCGAAUACAGCGUCAACGACCCAUCCACAUACGACGUCAAGAGCCAAUCCGAAUACGCUGACGCCAACGGUUACGUCAAGGGAUCUUACAGCCUCUUGGAAGCCGACGGUUCCACCCGCGUCGUCGAAUACACCGCCGACAACUACGGAUUCAACGCCGAAGUCAAGAAAAUCGAAGGAGGAUACAAGGCCCCAUACAGCGCCCCAGCCCCAGCCUACAAAGCCGCCCCAGCCUACAAGCCCGCAUACGCCGCACCAGCUUACCCAGCACCCGCCGCAUACCCAGCACCCGCUUACUCUGCACCGGCUUACAAGCCUGCCCCAUACAAGGCAUACUAAUUUGUUUCCAUCUUUUCAAAUUGUAUAAAAUGUUCUUCCAAUCUUCCGGGGCCAAAUACUAGUUGACGGCAAACUGCUGUUCAACAAGUGUGCGGCUCAAGAGUCACAUAUCAUUAUUAUUAUUAUAAUGUAUUUAUUACCCAUUUUAUAUUGUAAUAGUAUAUGAUUAUAUGUACUCUCCUUCCAUCUCUGUGUAUCGUAGACAACACCUUACGAUCAAAUACCUGUAUUUAUUGUUGUGUAAAUGUAUAGUUUAAUAUAUAUUUACAAAACGUUAAAA